UAUCGCAUAUGGUUCGAUUGAUUCCAAGCCAUUAAUCGACAUCUUAGCAAAUGAGGAGUCUAAAGAAUUUGAAUGUCAUUUUACGGGCAAGGGUACGAUUGUUACAAGUUCAAGUAUCGUUGACGUUUUAGGAUAG